AUGGCGGCUGUAAAGCAGCUAAUUCUUUUCUCUGUUUUGGUCUCAGUUACGGCAUCCAGUGAUGUGUAUAAGCUGGUUAACAGUUCUGUUCAACUCGACACACAAGAUAAAAACUUUCAGUUUGAGCAAUUCAGGUGGAUUUUUAAGAGUGACAAUAUUCUGAGAUACUUCAGUGGGAGUAAAUCCAUAACAAAAUAUGAAGGUUAUGAAGAGCGGGUGGAGUUCAAUACUGAAACACUGAGAUUAACACUGAAGAACUUACAGAAGACUGAUAGUGGACUGUAUGAAGCAAAAACUGAAAAUAAACAGGAGAAAGUUGUGGCUCGUUACACACUGUACGUUUUGGAUCCAGUGAAGGAACCAGAACUUACUUCUGUUUACCAGCAGAGCAGUGACUCCUGUAAUGUGACCAGUUUAGGUCUCACACUCUCAAUCAACUCAAGCUUUGACAAGAAAACCUGUGAGGAGAGUGAGACAUUACCUGAAGGUGUCUCCUAUACACUUUCUCUCUGUGUUAAUGGAAGCCAUGUCAUCUGUAAUCAUAGCAACCCAGUCAGCUCAAAAGUGACUUUAAAGGAGAUAAAUCAACUCUGCCCUCAUGAGCCUGAUUCCAUUCCAUGUGAUGCUAUCACUACUACAGGUGGAUCUGUUUGCCUGCUGAAGAUAGUGCUGUAUUCUGUGGGUCUGGUUCUCAUGAUGUCUGCAGUGAUCACCGUCCACAUUAGAGAGAGACUCAUCAAACCAAAGAUAGAGCAACACAGGGAAUAAAACUACUUUUCAAUCUAUACACAAUCAAGGACUUUCAGUUAUGUUUAUGUGCUAGUUAACAUCUCUGUUCUUUCAUAUUAAGUGUUAUCUUAACUCCUUUUACAACCUCUCUGGGGGUAAGGGACACCAGGAACUGGUACAAGAAGGAUUAAACCUCAAAUCUACCUCCUUCCUUGGGUAUGUAAGCAUCCUUCACUUCGGAAUCCCAAGUCUGGACUUUUAAAGACCAAAGAGCAAAGACAAUUUACUCCCCUUAACCAAACAAACACACACACACACUCAACUGGAAUUCCAGUGACGAGAAAGUGACUGAUUUGUCAUGAGUUCAGUUUUCAUUGUACAAGUGCUAUACAAAUAAAUUAGACUUAACCAGAUCUUAUAAAAAGGCAGCAUGGUGGCUCGGUGUGUAGGGUGUGAAUCAUUCCUGUGUGGAGUUUGCAUCAGAUUUAAAAAAAUAUAUUUUUGUUUUUAAAACAUGGGCAACACAGUUGGUAAAGUGGGUGCCAUGCAGUUUUCUAUAAGGAUGCAAAAGUUGAAAUUGUAUGGUGAUCUUUGAUUGAUUGAUGGCCUGUCCAUUGGUGUACUUCAGCCUUGUGCCUCAGUGUUGGGUGGCACUGGACCCACUAUGACACUGAUCAGGAUAAAGCAUGUAGAUAGUAUUUAUAAAUGAAUAAACACAUUAUUUCUGUCCUAA